AACACAACCCGAUCGAUGCCUCCAUCGAAUGCUCACAAGAAGAUGACCAUGAGCUGCCUCGUCGUGCUGGCACUGGCACUCGCGGCCACCGUGGGCGCGCAGGAGUGCAGGCGGAGCGGCACGCUCCGGCCGAGCGAGGGCCACUCGUGCGAGGACUGCUGCGAGGCAGGGAAGGCGUACCCGACGUACCGGUGCUCGCCGCCGGUUGUCGCCGGCGCCACCAGGGCCAUCAUGACGCUCAACGACUUCGACGAGGGCGGCGACGGCGGGGACCCGUCGGCGUGCGACGAAGUCUUCCACCGCAACUCGGAGCGCGUGGUGGCGCUGUCCACGGGGUGGUACGCCGGGGGCUCCCGCUGCGGCGACCGCAUCUGGAUCCGAGCCAACGGCAGGUCCGUGCUCGCCAAGGUCGUCGACGAGUGCGACUCCCUGAACGGGUGUGAUGACGAGCACGCCUUCCAGCCGCCGUGCCGCAACAACGUCGUCGAUGCGUCCCAGGCGGUGUGGGACGCACUCGGCAUCACCGGCGAGGAGGUUGGCGAGUACGGCAUCACCUGGUCAGAUGCAUGACGCCGCCGCCCGCCGCCGGCCGGUGGUGCCUUAAUGUAGUGUUCUCUUGCUUAUUUGAAGAACCUUAUGUGUAUGCGUGGUGGUGCCUUUGUUGUAGUGUAUUUUUUUAACACAUCUUUGAUGUAGUGUUAAAAUGUUGUAUCCUCAACUGCUCUAUUUUCGUAACAGCAAAAAGAC